GGCGUGAAGCGGAAACAGCCGUGAGAGCUACGGCUGCAGGAUGGGGCUGAGCUGCGAGAGGAGGCUGCAAACUGUUUAAAAAAAAAAACAAACAAACAAACAAAACAAAUAAAUUCAACGAGGAGGCUGAAAACUGACAGGUUUCACUGGGCAGACAUGAAGACAGUGUUCGUGACUGUCGGCACCACGAGUUUCGAUGAGCUCAUUGAAACCAUCACGUCCUCAGAGGCCGUUCAGGCUUUAAAGGCUCGUGGAUAUGAGCGUUUGGUUCUUCAGGUUGGAAGAGGAUCUCUCCUUCCAGCUGCUGACAGUUGUCCACACAUCACACUGGAGGCUUUUCGAUUCAAAGACUCUAUAGCAGAAGACAUCAAGCAGACUGACCUCGUCAUCAGCCACGCAGGGGCAGGAAGUUGUUUGGAGGCACUUGGUGCAGGAAAACCUCUGCUGGUCGUCGUCAACGACAAGCUGAUGAACAACCACCAACUGGAGCUGGCCAGACAGCUACACAUGGACUCCCACCUGUUGUACUGCACAUGCAGCACACUGACAGAAAUGCUGAGGACCAUGGAUCUCUCUGUUCUUCAGCCUUUCUUGCCUGGACAGCCGCAAAAGUUUGCGAACUUUCUGGACAAAGCCCUCGGGGUUCAGUGAAACUUUAAUUUAACAGCGCCGCUUUAUUUCUGCUACACUGGAGUGUGAUGAUUACAUUGUAGAAGAUUGUGACACUGCUGAGUCUUUUCUAUGUCUAUAUGCAAUAAUAAUAUAUGUCCAAUUUCAAA